AUGAGACAGUCGGUCAUGUCCGUCAUCUUCGCGACAGCACUGUUUUUUGAGUGCUACACCAUGUCGGUGGCGAUACCCAUGAGCAAGAGUGAAGACGGUUCCUUGGAGCAGGACGCCUUUGGCUCCUUACUGAGCGACGAGGCGGCAGAAAACAGCCUCGGCAGCGCAGGUGUAGCUGCCGUGGGGGAGACCGGCAGGCCCAAGGUGAUCGUGGUUGGGGACGCGAGUUUGUGGAAGGACCUGCGGGCGCUGUACAAAGGACUGACCCUCUACAAGCAGAGAGCCGGUGAGAACGGCCUGAUCCUGGACCGCAGGGACGUCGUCCAGGACCCAAGCAUCGCCGUCAUCAGAAGGGACACCAUGAGAUGCAUGGUGGGACGAGUGUAUCGGCCAUGCUGGGAGGUCUAG